GGAAACCAGCCAGCCAAUAGGCGGCGGGGCAUCUCUUUAGACUUCCGGUCAAAAACGGAGGGAGAAAGUCAGCAUGUCCGGCCUCUCUGCGCCGCUUCCGAAGGGACCCGGAAGGAUGGACUCGGACCUGCUGCCAGUUCGCCAUAUGGUUCAAGAAGCCAUUGAAACUCUCUCUUCUUCUCGAGAUUCCAGCCAGAUCUCUCGGGCGUUGCAGGCGGUGAAGGGUUAUCUCGGCAGAACUGAAAAUCCUGCUUCUGUGAAAGAGCAGGAAGAAUUUAUCAGAUGUCAUUUUACCACCUUUUUACAGUGUCUGACAAAUAGCUUGAGCCCUGAUUGCUUAGGGCAGUUCCAGUCAGAUGAAGAGAAGGAACUGUGGGCCAGCUUUUUCCUAGAAGGACCAGCAGACCAGUCUUUUAUGGUUCUUUUGGAUGCCAUAAUUUCUACAAGAUCCAGUUUUUGUCUGAACCAACUGGCGGACGUCUUGGAGCAGUUUCUUCGCAGAGACGGGCUGUCGGCGUUGAUGUGGGAGGUCUGCAAGCGGCAGACGCAGGUUGGGCCUCCGGUGCUGCAGGAAGCCAUUCUGGGCCGGAUCGUGUGCCUGCCGGAUCAUUUAGCCAACAAGCUCCAGGGAGGAAACCGGCCCGUCUUCUUCCCCCAGAACUACUUCCCGUUGCUUGGCGUGGCGCUGGUCCAGGUGCUGGAGAGGAUUUUUGAUUCGCUGCGAGACGGCUUGGAUUGCUCAAUCUCCUUUGUGUCCCAGGUGCUGGGGAAGGGAUGUGCGCACGGAAGAAAACGAGAGAUCUUGGGUGUGUUGGUGCCCCACCUGGCAGACCGUACGCAGUCGGACUGCAUCUGGCAGAGGAUGUCCUGGCGCUUGGUCGAAAGCGUGCCUGACCGCUGGAUGGAAGCUGUUGUCUGUGGUUUUGUUCAGUCGGCAGGCGGGUCUGCCGCGUUGACCCGUCUGCUGGGGAACUUGGUUCUCAAGAGCAAGAAGGCGCAAUUUGUGAUGACCCAGAAACUGCUGCUCUUCCAGUACAACUACCCAACGGCGGUGUUGCAGACGCUCCUUGGAUACUUGGCCCUGGAAAGCAUGCGGCGUCCUUUACUGAUCAAAGUGUUUAAAGAGCUGCUAGAGGUCUGGGGAAGCAGCAGUGCCCUGAGGCACUCCCCUGUGGAGCAGCGGCUGUACAUCAGCAAGGCCAUCCUGGUCUGCCUCUCUCACCUGAAAGAGGAAGACCUCAGAAGCAACAGGCCAGAGCUGCUCACAAGCUUCAUGGAAGGGAUGAAGUGCCAUCUGGACAGCAACUCGCCCCGAAUCCGCUUGAUGGGAAUGGUUGUGGCCGAGUGCCUUAGCGAGAAGAUUACGCCUGAAGGCCCUGCCUUGAAAUUCCAGUAUGAAGAAGACGAUGAAAUCAAAGAACUGAAAUCCUUGCUGACAGAGAAACCUGAAGAAAUCUCUGCUGGUGAUGCACCGGGUAUCAAGAACGGUAUCCCAGCCGCAAGUCCAAGAGAAGCUCCGAAGCCCAUCAUGAAGGAAGUCCCCGAAGAAGUGGCUCAAGGAGCAGACUCUGAACUCGAUAGUGACGAUGAGCUUGUUGCGUAUGACAUGUCCCACGACAAAGAACUGAAAAAGACCAAGGCUCCCACCUACCUGCGAGACUGUAUUGAAAUCUUGACCGGGCCUGAAGACGCAGACAGAUACGAAGCUGCGAUGACUGUCCUGGAGACUCUGGUCCGAAAGAAUGCCGCAGCCGUGCGGGAGAUGGGUGUGGAACUGGUGAAAGUAUUGCUGCAUUUGGAAGAGAAAAGCUACAUCGAAGGCUUCGUGGGGCUUCGGCAAAGUGCCAUGACGGCCAUCGUUGUCACAGACCCAAUCCCAGUGGCCCAGUAUCUGACCUCCGAGUUCUACUCCGUGAAUUAUAGCCUCCGCCAGCGGAUGGACAUCUUGGACGUGCUGGCUAUGGCGGCUCAGGAACUUUCUCGGCCAGUUUCUCCAGAAUCAAAGCAGCCUCCCCAAAGCGACGGCAGCCGGAUUCAGUUUACCGGGAGUUCUCCUUCGGAUUGGCGAAAAGUUGUGGAUGAGAGGAUCAAGAGCAAGACCCGGAGGUUUGCAAAGGGUCGGUCCCAAGCAGGGCCACGGUGGGCACCGAAUCGGUUUGGUCCUGUGGCCGGACAUUUCUUCUUCCCGCUUCUUCAGAACUUUGACAGGCCGCUGAGCACUUUUGACCUUCUGGGAGACGACCACCUGGUCUUGGGCCGCCUGGCACAUACCUUGGCCAUCCUGAUGUACUUUGCUGCCAACACUGUGGUAGCAACUGCGAUGGGAAAGGCACUGCUGGAGUUCGUUUGGGUGCUGCGUUUCCACACAGAUACGUACGUGCGCCAAGGGCUCCUCUCGUGCGUGUCGUCCCUGCUCCUUAGUCUCCCGGCUGAGCUUCUCCUCGUGGACGUGGCAGAGGAGCUUCUGGAAACCAGGUUUUGGCUGGCAGAUGUUGCAGAGAAGGACCCGGACGGCGAGAGCAGAAGGCUGGCCGUGCAGAACCUGCUCCUGAUCGAAAGCCUGAAAAAAAGGCUCGAAAGCCCUCCUCCCUAAGGAAGGGGAGGGUGGCCCUUUUGCUCCCGCCUUGCUUACUUUGAUAGCUCGGAAUAUCUACAACUGUGAGUAGGAGGUUUGCACAACGGAUUUGGAAAUCGUUAAGCUUAAUGUUUGGGGAGAACACCUCUGGCUGUGUCUCGGAUCUGGUAAAUAUUUCGCUCCGUCGUAAAAGGAAGGAAGACGAGUUGAAGGGAUCCUCAAGGAGCAUCUACUCUCAGGUGUUUUGGACUGCAACGCCCAGCAUUCCUCACAGCCUCAGGCCCUUUCCUUUUCCCCCUCCGCCGCUUAAGCGGCGGAGGGGGAAAAGGAAGGGGCCUGAGGCUGUGAGGAAUGCUGGGCGUUGCAGUCCAAAACACAGUAAACUAUCCAUCUUGUAACGUGGUAUAAAAAUGCACAAAACCACAAUGUGAGUUGUACAAGAAUAUUAAAUGUAUUUAAAAAAAAAAAGACCCAAUUAGUCCAUAUAAUUGUCCCGUGUCCUUCAGAAGGCCUCGGCUUCGUCGGCCACGUCCUCCUCCACCUCCUUGUCCUCCAGGCUGUUGUGGCGGAGCCUCUCCGGGGCCGGGUUCCGACUCGGCGGGAGGCCCAGCCCUCGGUGGACGGCCUCCGUGGUUUGCUGGCUGACGUAGUAGCCGAGGUUCACGACGGGGAUCUUCUUCCGCAUCUCUUCUAGGUACCGGUAGGCCUAGUCGGGAACGAAAGGAGCCGCAUUAAUCAUCCCAGAGAGCCACAUUCAGGCUCAUGUUGACAAGUUAAAUGCAUCCACCCUGUUAAUGUGGGAUUUGUGUAUUGAGAGUGUUUAAAUGCAAUUUGUGCCAUGCUUGUGUUGCAACUAAUUGCAUCAUCCAGAAUGUACCAUAGUGUGGAAAGAGUUAUUGCCAAGAAGCUAGGAUGACCGUGAUAUGUGGCUGGAACUAGGGAGUAUCCAGACACAAGUGUUUGUGCAUAACGAUUGGGUCAGUUCAGUUGAAUUCUGUCUGCCUAGAGUUAAUGUGGGAUUUGUGUAUGGAUAGUGUUUAAAUGCAAUUUGUGCCAUGCUUGUGUUGCAACUGAUUGCAUCAUCCAGAAUGUACCAUAGUGUGGAAAGAGUUAAUUGCCAACAAGCUAUGAUGGCCUUGGUGCGUGGCUGGAACUAGGGAGUAUCCAGACACAAGUGUUUGUGCAUAACGACUGCGUCAGUUCUGUUCAGUUCUGUCUGCCUAGAGUUCGAGUCAAGUUCUGUUGGAGAACAGAACAGUCCUGUGUUCGUCUGUCGUCUGCAAGUCUGUUUGUGUUGAUUAUUGCUGCAUACAGUAAAACUUCGUAAAUAGUUUUA